AGAAGUUCGCUCAUCACUAAUUGGGAGUCCUCUACCCCUAGAAUUGUGUCCUCUCAAAGGGGAAAUGUGGUCAUGAAUCCCGGCAUGCACAGAGAUGUGUUCACACAGCGGACGUUGGAUCAUAGUCCAUGCCAUUCAUUGGGUAUGCCGUAAAAUCCAGCACAUGUAAAUACACCCAAAAAGUCCCCGUGUCCUUCGAUGAGGUGGCGGUAUAUUUCUCAGAGGAUGAAUGGCGCCAUCUAGAGGAGUGGCAGAAAAACCUGUACAGGGAGGUCAUGCAGGAGAACCUAGAAGUCGUGCUGUCUUUGGGGUACCAGUAUCCCCAGACCUCUCCCCCACCGAGGCUGCUACCAGAGGAUGAGGCGUCUAUUACCAAUUAUUUUGGAUUCCGUUUGGAGGAAGAACUAGAGGAGAAUGCAGAAGACAAAGAAGAAGCAGUGCCCAGCCAUCCGAAACUUCUAAUAAAUGGUAAAGAAGCCAGUGAGCCGAGAAAACCUCGAGACAAUAGGAAAGUGCACAGAUGUGUAGAGUGUAGGACUGUGUUCGGCAGCUGGACGCUCCUUGAAGAGCACAAGAAAAGCCAUAAGGAAGGAAAGGUUCGGAGAGAAGACUUGAGUAAAGUCGUAAAGCAAGUGCUAACCCCGCAGUCUGUACCCCCGGCAGGAAAGGUCUUCCAAUGUAAUAACUGCGAUAAAUCCUUCAGUAACCAGUCCGUCCUAUCUCUGCACCAGAAAACGCACACAGGCGAGAAGCUCUUUAAAUGCUCUGAAUGCGGCAAGAGCUUCCCGAAGAGGUGCCAACUGGUGAUGCACAAGCGAUGCCACAUAGAAGAAAGACCUUUCAAGUGCACCGAAUGUGAAAAGAGUUACACCCAACAAUCAAAGCUGAUUGAGCACCAAAGAACGCACACAGGAGAAAAACCAUUCAAAUGCCAUGAGUGUGGGAAAGGCUUCACCAAAAGGUCACACCUUAAGGAACAUCUGAGGAUCCACACGGGGGACAAACCGCAUAAGUGUGACCAGUGUGAUAAGACCUUCCAUUAUCCGUCAAAUCUGGUGGAGCAUCAGAGGACUCAUUCCGGUGACAGGCCAUAUCAGUGCACCGAAUGCGAUAAGAGCUUCAUCAAGAUGUCCAAACUCAUUGUCCAUCUCCGGAUUCACACCGGGGAAAGGCCUUACAAAUGCACGGAGUGCGACAAGAGCUUUAGCCAACAGUCCAACCUUGUGGUCCAUCAAAGGACUCACACAGGAGAGAAACCCUUUAAGUGUAACGACUGCGAGAAAACAUUUAGCUACCAUUACACUCUCAUGGUCCACCAAAGAACCCACACAGGGGAAAAGCCGUACAAGUGCAGCCUGUGCGAGAAAGCCUUCACGCAACACUCUAGCCUCAAACUUCAUCUUAAAGUUCAUGAGUCACAACUACCAGAUGAGAUAGAUAAGACGCCUCCAUCAACUCCAGACCAAACAACAUGUUCAGCUGGAGCAACAAAGACUGUAGAGUGCAGGCCUCUAUCCGCGGAGCCACCAACAACCGUCACAAGUUCCCCAGAUGUUGUACAGGACUGUGAGGACAAUUAUCUUCCACGCUCACCCUUGAGCGAGUACUUAGGUGCCCUUUUACUUCCAGAUAAGAAGUAUAGCUGCACCGAGUGUGACAAAUCAUUCCUAGAUAAGUCUAAGCUGGUGGUCCACCUCCGAACUCACACCGGGGAACGUCCUUACAAGUGCUCUCUGUGUGACAAGGCCUUCAUUCAAUGGUCCCGUCUAACAGAGCACAGGAAGACGCACACGGGAGAAAAGCCGUAUGUGUGCUCUGAGUGCGGCAAGAGUUUUCUUAAGAUGUCCAAACUGACUGUCCAUCGUAGAAUCCACACUGGAGAGCGGCCGUAUACCUGUUCAGAAUGUGGGAAGCAGUUCACUCAGCAGUCCAAUAUGGUGAUGCAUCAGCGGAUCCAUACAGGGGAAAGACCCUUUAAGUGCAAUACCUGUGACAAGUCGUUCUGCUACCAGUCGUCUCUCAUUAGGCAUCGUCGGGAUCACACGGGUGACGCGGAAACCUAGCAGGUCCUAAGAGCUUGCUGAAUAGUCUUAGAGAUUUCAAGAACUGUUGAUGGUCUGUGUCUCAGGGUGGACAAUAAAAAUGCUUCAUUCAUUUCUGGA